GAAAGCAUACUUGUCGAACAAGAAGAGUUGCAAAGAGAUAGAAAUAGCGAAAGGAGGAAGCAAUUCCAAACACUUUCACCCUAUUGCGCACUUCUCACUCUAGAGGCCCACCCACCCUUUCUCACUCUCUCUCUAUCUCUCACAGCACCCAAUUUCUUUUUCUUUCUUUUUUUAUUAAAAAAUAAGACAAGGAAUAAAAGCUCUGAAUUUUGGAUUGCCUUCUGUUUCAUACAAUUUCGAUUGCAAUGGCAAGGCCUAAUCAAGAGGCGGUUGAGACAUUCGUCAGCAUCACUGGUUUGCCUGAGGCAGUAGCGCUGCAAAAGCUCGAGGAGCAUGGAGGUAAUCUCAAUGAAGCAGUCAAUGCACAUUUUAGUGAAGGAGACAGAAUUUUAACGACUGGCACUCACAAUAGCUCUACUGCAUUUCCUCAAGAUGAUUUCAUGGAUAUAGAUGAUCAACAGGAUGCAGAUAUUCAGAGAAUUCCUUCACUUCCAGCUUUAGCAGCAAAUGUCAAUCCGUUUUCUCUUCUUGAUCCUACACUUGGGAGAGGUAUAUUUGGUACUCCUCUUGAUUCAACUGUCCAGGCACCCUUUGUUACACAUCCUAGGGAGGUGAGGGAGAUUCCUAUAGAGGUUAAGGAGGGUAACCAAUCCACUACUCAAUCUGGUCAUCCAUCCAUUGAAGAUGUCACUGGAACUGUUGAUGCCCAUGGUCCAGAUAUCCAUGGGACUGUUAUAAUCAACGAUGAAGAUGAUGACACUCCACUUGCCCAGAUUGCACAUCAAGAUGAGCAAAACCAUAACAUCCUGGCUGAUACCUCACUCAAUACCCGUGCUAGACCUAGUGCUCCUGAAUCUGAGAAUUUACCAGAUUAUAACAAUGACAUAGAAGAAGAAAUGCUUCGGGCAGCCAUUGAGGCUUCUAAACGGGAGGCUGAGGAAAAUUACAGAACUCACAAACUUGGAAGACAAACUGACUCAACUGAAUCAGGAUCACAGUCAAGGCAAUCAUAUUUGGAGGAUCCCGAGCUUGCCCAUGCAGUUUCAUUGUCUCUAAAGACAGCUGAGCAAGAAAAAGCAUGGCGUGUACAAGGAGGAGAUUCUGAAUCUCUACCAGCCGGGCCAUCAAAGUCAUCAGAGGCUGGACCAGUGGAAGUGGCAUCUAAUGGAAGGUUGCAGGCAGGAAGCUUGUCCUUUCAUGAUGAAGCUGAAGAUAUAGAGGAGCAGCCACUCGUUAGGAACAGAUCUAGACAUAUGUCUUCAGGAUCCGCAGGGUCAGUCAAAGAUGUUGAAUUUGCUGAGGCUAGCACACUACCAAGCACAGCGCCACAGGAGACCAGUAAUCCUCCUCAUAAUAGAAAUUCCUUCCCCUCUGAUGAGUGGGGUGGCAUAUCUUCAGAGGAGCAUGAUGAAGCAGUAAUGCUUGAAGCUGCAAUGUUUGGUGGAAUCCCGGAAGGUACUGGAUACCAGUAUGCUUAUGCACCACAUGAGUUUAUGCAAGGUAGGGGUUCUAAUCCUCGUGCCUCAUAUCGCCCACCUUCACCAUCACUAGCAGCACAGCGUUUGAUAAGGGAACAGCAGGAUGAUGAAUAUCUUGCAUCAUUACGAGCAGACAGAGAAAAAGAAUUGAAGGCCAGAGAAGAAGCCGAGGCUGCUCUUGAAGAGGAAAGGCGGAGAGCAGAAGAAACUCGCAGGAAAUUACAGGAAGAGCAGGAAUUGGAAACACAAUUAGCCGCCAAAGAAGUUUCCCUGCCUCCAGAACCAUCAUCAGAUGAUGAUAACGCUGUUAAUUUGCUGGUAAAAAUGCCAGAUGGCAACCGUCGUGGACGCCGAUUCCUAAGAUCUAAUAGGCUACAGUCUCUGUUCGACUUCAUAGACAUCGGUAGGGUGGUGAAACCAGGCAGUUACAGACUGGUGAGACCAUAUCCUAGGCGUGCUUUUAGUGAUGAAGAAAGUGCUUCAACCCUGGCUGAACUUGGCCUAAACAACAAGCAAGAAGCUUUGUUUUUGGAGUUAAUCUGAUGCAUUGUUGGAAUUUGCUACGAAACAAGCUAUUGAAGUUUUUAGUUUAUUAAUUAAAAUUAAAAUUUGAACCACAAUACACAGACGGAUGUGACAUUUUAGUUUAAUCUGGGAUUGUACUGUUUGGGUGAUGCAAUUUAUAAAUUUACAGAUCUACAUGAAA